AUGGCCCGAUCAGCUCCGCGGUUGCUUCCUCUGGGAAUUGCGCUCGUCCUUCUCGCAGCGCUCACGUCACGCACGUCCGCGCGAUCCGAAGCUAGUUUUAACCCUAGCACAGUCGUCACUCCCAAGGCUGGCUUUACCGUUCCCAGCUUCAAAUUCAACUUCAAGUUCGACUUUCAGAGAGUGUCGAACCCGCUCGUGUUCUUCGCGAAAUGCCAAAAGUCUUCGCUGGCGGGUUACUCCUCGUCGAAACAGCUCUCUAACGGGUAUGAUAUGCGAGUAGCGGUCGUCGACUCAUCGUCCUCCAUUCCCGCGCACAUACGGUUCUCCCCGCAGCCGCACUCUCCUGGCGCUGGAGUGGCAGGUAGAGGCCUCGUCGAGCGACCAGCUUCAUCUCGUCGCUUACCUUUCGUCACCUCUCCCCUUUCCGCUCCUCCCCUUGUCUCUCUCGUCUCCUCGCUUCUCCCGUUACGCCUUCCCCACCCGCUCGCUCUGCACUGGCAGGUAGAGAACCCGUCGAGCGGCCAGCCCGCUCACUGUUCACUGGCAGCGGUCACCUCGUCGAGCGGCCAGCCUGUGAAAGCCCCUCCACUUCCCUCUCGUCUCCCCCGACUUCCUCUUGCCCGUCCUCCCCGCAGGCUCACUGAUCACUGGCAGGCAGCAGUGACCUCGUCGAGCGAUCAGCUUGUGAACGACUCUUCUCUUCCCUUUCGUCUCUCCUCGCCUUCUGUCCCCCAUCUUCCCCUUCUCCAUCUUCCCCUUCUCCGUCCUCACAUGGCACUGGCAAGCAGAGACCCCGUCGAGCGAUCAGCUUGCAAAAGACUCUUCUCCCCUUUCGUCUCUCGGCACCUUCUGUCCCCCAUCUUCCCCUUCUCCGUCCUCCCCGCAGGCUCAUACGGCCCUGGCAGGCAGCGGCAGCGACCCCGUCGAGCGAUCAGCUUGCUUACUCUGCACUGGCAGGCAGCGACCCCGUCGAGCGAUCAGCUUCAGCUGGCUCUCGAGGCGAAGAAAGGCACUCCGGCUGCGGCGAGCUGGUUCGCCGUGGGGUGGUCGCGGAGCGGCAAGAUGGGCGGCAGCAAUGUGAUUGUAAUGGAGGAAGUCGGCUCCGCGCCGGGCCAAUACGAUCUCGAGAGUGAUCCCCUGUACACUGCGAAGGCCGUCGCUGCGUCGUGGUCGGCGAGCUCGUACAGUAUUACAGAAGAUGACAAGUCUGUUGUAAUGCAAUUCUCCCGUGGAAUAGGCGAAGACAGCAGUGUCCCUGUGAAGCGAUCGGGUUACAGUAACAUGAUUUGGGCGUAUGGCGCGGGGAUUUGGGAGGUGGAUGGAGGUCACGAUGCCAAGUGA